AUGGGUCGCAAGAAGAAGUUUGUGGACAAGAAGAGCGCGGCGUCGUUCACGCUCAUGUACCGCGAAUCCAACGACCCCGACGCGCCCGGUGAGCGCGUCUUCGUGCGCACCGACGCCGGAAGCAACCAUGUUCCGGGAUUCUCGGACGACUACCAGCCGCCGAUCCCGGAAAACGCGGAGGAUUUUAGCGGCGAGGAGUGGGAGGAGGAGGAUGAUGAGGAUGAGGAAGAGGGGGAGGAGGGGGAGGGGGAGGGAAGAAGCGUCGCCGGGAGCAGGAGGUCCCGAGCGCAGUCGCACGCUGUCGCACGCGCGACUGAUGGCGACGACGCGGCCUCGGUCGCGGGCCGAUCGCACGCGAGCACGAGGCGCGGUGGAGGGAGAGGGCGCGACUUAUGGGCGGGCCUGGGGUUGGGCGGGCCGCCCGGGUGGGAUGGGGGGAGCGUGAUGGGAGGAGGAGGAAGCGUGGCCGGCGGGCAGGGCAAGAAAAAACUCACCGAGAGCGCCCGUCGCGAAAUUAUCGAAUUAGGGUUACCCGACGACGGGUACGACUACACGCAGCACCUUCGGGUGAUCGGGCAGACGAGGACGUUCGCGUCGUUCGUUCCCGCCGAGGCUCCCGCGGCCGCGCUUCCCGACGACGUAAAGGUGCCUUCGAAUCCUCGCGCGCUGCACUACACCACCCGCGUUCUUUACAUGCGUACUAAUUGUCCAUUUUCGUUAUUGAUGUACAUCCGCCCACCGCAGAUAUAUAAAGCCACGCGCCUUACCGUGCGGCCGGACACGUCGGCUGCCACGACAGCAGCCGCCGACGCGCCGGUUGCUGACCUGGAGGUCGUGGCAAAGAUCUCCUCCGUCAUCAAGGAGAUUCGGCCGAAGCGCGGAUUCCCCGCCGCCGCGCCGCCCGCCCGCGCAGCUCAAAGUGCAGCGCCGGCUUCCGCGGGAGCGCAAGCAGGCGAUUCCGCAGGCGGGGAGGGCAGCGCAAACUACUUCGGCGUUUCAGGGCUCGAUCCGGAGGUUUUAGCGCUGCUAGAAGGGGACGGGGGAGAGGGGGAAGCGGGGGAGGGGGAGGAGGGGGAAGAUGUUUUCGGGGAGCUAGAAGAUGACUUUGUUUUGCUGGCGACGGCGGGGGGGGAGGAGGAGGAGGAGGAGGAGGCGGAGGAGGCGGAAGAUGCGGAAGGUAGGUUGAACGAGGCAGCGGGGGAAGGGGAAAGUGUGAGGUUGGCGGAAGAAGCUUCCGGUGUGGGUGCGGCAGGGGACACGGUCAUUGCGCCAGGCGUGGAAAGCUUAACAAGCGGGGUUGAGGGUUUGGGGGUUAAAGGAGAAAGCGGGAAGCUUGGCGGGGAAGCGGCGGUGGGCGCGGAGGCGCAGCGGAGGGAAGCGGCGGUGGGCGGGGAGGAAAUGCGGCGGAGGGCGGAAGAGGAGGCUAAGAGCCGCGCUCAGGCGGAGGAGAACCUGAGAGCGCUGGAGGAACAAGUGAUGCUGCUGGCUGAGCGGGAAUACGCGGAUGCUGACGUGGACGACUUCUCAGAUGACGAGGACGGGGACCACCGGGGCGGCGGAGGGGGGUCCGCAGCGGGGCAUGCGGAUAUUUCCAUGUUCAGCAACGUGCUGGACGACUUCCUGGAAGCUUCCCGGCGGGAGAGCCUGCUGGAGCUGCGGAAGGGGGGCGCGGUUGUGCGGAUGGGGAAGGGGGAGGGCGGGGGAAAAGGGAAGAGCGGGGAGAGGGGAAAUAGUGGGGGAGCAAAGGAGGUGAAGGAGGGGGGCGAAGAGAAUGGAGAGGAAGAAAUUGUGGCUAUUCCUAUUGUGCCUGGUGGGGGAGAUAGGGUUGGGAAGGGAGGGGACACGAAAGAGGAAGAAGAGGAAGAGGAGGAGGAGGAGGAAGAGGAGGAAGAGGAAGAGGUGGAAUAUAUUUCGGAGGAGGAGGAGGAGGAGAGGGAGAGGGGCAAGUGGGACUGCGAGUCGAUAGUCUCUACCUACUCAAACCUAGACAACCACCCUGCACGAAUCUCCGCCCCUUCCAAUCCCCACAGAAAGGGGAGCAGAGCGGGAGAGGCGGCGGCGGGAGGAGGGGGAGUGGCCGGGGGGGGUGGUGGGAGGAUUGGGGUGGAGGAGAUUAGAUUGAAGGGGAGAGCGCAGCUGCCUGCUGGGUUUGUGCCGGGGAGAGUGGGGAGAGAGGGGAGGGAGGGGGAGGAGGAGAGGAGAGGGAGUGGCACGGGGGGUGGGUUGCAGGGGAUUGGGGAGGAUGAGGAAGGGGCGGGGGAGGGAGGGGGGGGUGUUGUGUUUGUGCGGCCGAGAGGGAAGGAGAAGGAGACGCCUGAAGAGAAGAAAGCACGCAAGGCAUGGUGCUUUUGUCCUCCUGUGGGCAUGGUGCUUUUGUCCUUCUCCUGUGGGCAUGGUGCUUUUGUCCAUCUCCUGUGGGCAUGGUGCUUCUGUCCUUCUCCUGUGGGCAUGGUGCUUUUGUCCUUCUCCUGUGGGCAUGGUGCUUUUACCCAGUAA